UCCUCCUUCUGCUCGUCGGCGACCAUCGUCUUCUUCGUGGCGCUCUGCCUCGUCGCCGCGUGGAUGAUGGCGUCGUCCAACAACAUCGCGGUCACCGUGUCGCCGGAGAACACCAAGUCGGGCGCCAAGGACCAGGAUCGGUCCGUCGACUUCGCCCGGAGCGGUGACGCCGUCAGUGACACGCCGCAGACGGGAGGCCAGGUCGGGGACGCCGUCAGGAAAGAUAACGUCGACACUGGCGGCGGCGUCGGCACGACGCAGACGAGGGACGAGGCUGGCGACGGCGACACGUCGGAGGACGGCGCUGGUGACUCCGGCAAGAAGGACGACGGCGCCGGCGCCGCGCAAACGACGGGCCCUGCCAGCAACGACGUCAACCGGGGCGACGCCGCGGUGACGUCGGAUGCGACAGGAGGCAACACCACCGCCGCUGCCAGCGCCACGGUGGCCGAGGGCGAGACGCCGUCGAAAAACCAGACUUUCUCCGACGAGAACGGCAAGACGGAGGGCGGCGAGGUGGCCAAGCCUGAGGACCCCGACAAGAAAGUUGAGCAGAGCGCUGAGCAGGAGACGAUCGACGCCAGCAACACCACAAGCAGGCAAGCCGAGAAGACCAGCACCGACCAGAGCACGGACGAAACCGGCAGCCAGGCAGACAAGAACAACACCGAGGAGACGACGUCCACCGAUGCCAAGGACACACGCAGCCAGGCUGAUGACAAGAACGCCGAGGAGGCGUCCACCGACGACAAGAAUGCCGGCGGCCAACAGGCUGACAACAGUUUCCAGGAGACAUCCACCACCACCGACGCUGACAACGCCGGCGGCCAGUCCAGCAAUAGCACCAAGGAGACACCGGCAGAGUCAGAGGAGGCCAGUGGUGGCACGGCCAAGAACCAGACGACCUUGGACGACGUCAACGGCAAGAUGGUGAACGGCGUGAAAGAAGACUGGACGGCCGGCGAGAAGAACUCCGAUGAGUCUGCCAGCAGCGACAAGGUGGACGACGACACGAGCACCGGGGCGGCAUCAAAGGACGCCACUUCCGGAGGCCAGAACGUCGCGGCCGAGACCAUGGCCGCAUCUGCAAGUGCGGAUGGCACCAACGGCACGAUCACGGACAACGACUUGGCAAUGAACAGCAGCGCCACAUCCCAAGACAAGAAAGACAAGGCGGAGCUGCUGCCAAGCGGGCAGGCCGAGCUGCUGAACGAGACGGCGUCGGCAGUGGCGGAGAACGGCACGUUCCCGACCCAGGCGGCGGCGUCGAGCGAGGAGAAGAAGAAGAAGAAGAAGGGCAAGGAGGACAAGGGCGUCUCGACGACGUACAGCUGGAAGGUCUGCAACGUGAGCACCGGCGCGGACUACAUCCCGUGCCUGGACAACGAGGCGGCCAUCAAGAAGCUCAAGAGCACCAAGCACUACGAGCACCGGGAGCGGCACUGCCCCGGCGCGGCGCCGACGUGCCUGGUGGCGCUGCCAGAGGGGUACCGGCAGCCGAUCCCGUGGCCGCACAGCCGCGACAAGAUCUGGUACCACAACGUGCCGCACACGGGGCUGGCGUCCUACAAGGGGCACCAGAACUGGGUGAAGGUCUCCGGCGAGCACCUGACGUUCCCCGGCGGCGGCACGCAGUUCAAGCACGGCGCGCUGCACUACAUCGAUGUGAUCGGGGAGGCGCUGCCGGAGGUGGCGUGGGGGCGGCGCAGCCGCGUGGUGCUCGACGUCGGCUGCGGCGUCGCCAGCUUCGGCGGGUUCCUGUUCGACAAGGAUGCGCUGACCAUGUCGUUCGCGCCCAAGGACGAGCACGAGGCGCAGGUGCAGUUCGCGCUGGAGCGCGGCAUCCCGGCCGUGUCCGCCGUCAUGGGCACCAAGCGGCUCCCGUUCCCCGGCAACGCCUUCGACGUCGUCCACUGCGCGCGGUGCCGCGUGCCGUGGCACAUCGAAAGCGGCAAGCUGCUGCUGGAGGCGAACCGCCUCCUCCGCCCCGGCGGCCUCUUCGUCUGGUCGGCGACGCCCGUGUACCGGAAGGUGCCGGAGGACGUGGAGAUCUGGCGCGCGAUGGCGGCGCUCACCAAGUCCAUGUGCUGGGAGAUGAUCAAGAGGACGAGCGACACGGUGGACCAGACCGCCAUGGUGGUCUUCAAGAAGCCGACGAGCAACGAGUGCUACGACGCGAGGCCGCCGCGAGCGGAGCCGCCGCAGUGCGAGGCCUCCGACGACCAGGACGCGGCGUGGAACGUCACCCUGCGGGCGUGCCUGCACCGCGUGCCCACCGACCCGUCCGCCCGCGGCUCGCAGUGGCCGGCGCGGUGGCCGGACCGGCUGGCCGCCACGCCCUACUGGCUCAGCGCCGACCAGGUGGGCGUGUACGGCAAGCCGGCGCCCGCCGACCAGGAGCACUGGAGGAAGGUCGUCGCCAACUCGUACCUCGACGGCAUGGGCAUCGACUGGAACAACGUCCGGAACGUCAUGGACAUGAGAGCCGUCUACGGAGGGUUUGCGGCGGCGCUCCGGGACAUGAAGUUGUGGGUGAUGAACGUGGUGACCAUCGACUCGCCGGACACGCUGCCGGUCGUCUACGAGCGCGGUCUCUUCGGGAUGUACCACGACUGGUGCGAGUCCUUCAGCACCUACCCGAGGUCCUACGACCUUGUGCACGCCGACCACCUCUUCUCCAGGCUCAAGAGCAGGUGCAAGCUGCUGCCGGUGAUGGUCGAGGUGGACCGGAUCCUACGGCCGGAGGGGAAGCUCAUCGUCCGCGACGACAUGGCGACGGUCCAGGAGGUCCAGAGCAUCGCAACAUCUUUGCACUGGGAGGUGAGGAUGACGGUGUCCAAGCAGGGGGAGGGGCUGCUCUGCGUCGGGAAGACGAUGUGGCGGCCCAAGGAAGUUGAGACGCCGAGCUAGUGCAAGUUGAUGACCCAUGACUGCAGCAGCUCUUCUUCCAAAGAGAAUGGUAGCACCUAGCAAAAUACAGAAUGGCAUUCCUGCCACAUUACAUUGCAAUAAUCAAGAUAGCCAUUGGGUUGUAUACAGUGUCCCUGUUACCGAGUUUCGUAGCUGUAAGUACUAGCUCUAUUUAAUUCACAUCAGUGUUUCAAGCAUUGACUG